AUGGUAGAACGAACGUGGACUCUACCAACUACAAACAACAAUGUAGCUUCAGCACAGCCAGGUAUACUACAAUGCAUAAUUGUGUAGUGUGACCUCUAUGGUGUGACGUAACUUAGAUGUUAGUAAUUUGCUUCCCUAAGUGCUCCAAGGUUUCAGUAUUUACUGUUAACGUAAAGUUCUAUUUUUUUUGUGAAGCUCAAACCGCGAAGACAAAAUCUCCUGACAGAGAGGAAAGGAAGAGUCUUAGAAAGGUGAUUUAAUGUGUGAUUCAUUGCUGCAAAAUCCCAGAAAAAUCUUAGCGAUUAACUAAAAAAGAUAAAAAUAGAAUCACAACAUGCAUGGUUUUCCUUUUUAUAAUUUAUUGUGAGUUCCCUUUUCAUGCCACUUUUACUGACGUUUGUAAUUCUUAUCCAUUACAGAAACCAAGUUUAAAAAGACCUACCACUGUUGUUGUGAGUAAAAAGACGAUAUAAAAAUGUUUUUGUUCUGUAUCCUUAAAUGGCGUUUACACUACAACGCAAGCAUAAGAGUAAGCAUCAAAUAAGCAAGCGAGAUGCUUUGAUAUCUUUAUGCUUCUGUUAUUCUAACUGUGUCCUCACUACAGUACAACGCAAGAUUCUCGCAUGACUUAGAAAGAAUCCAUCAAAGACAUUUAAACAAGUGAAUUUUCUGUCAUUUAUAAAUAUUUCAUGUUUCAAAUAAUCCAUUUCUAAGACUGGCUUUUACUACGAUGCAAGCAUAAACGUUUAAAGCAUAAUAAUAUCAAAACGUUGCGUUCUUUCUUAUGCUCAUGUCGGUGCGUAUACUUAUGGUGUUUCAUUGGCAAAAUAUUACCGCCGAAAAUUGCGAAUUUCCCACCCCACAUGAAUAAAGUUAAAUUAGUUUGUACUGAAAAACCUCAUUUUGGGAAUUAUUCUGUGAAUACUUUAGAGAAACUUCAUGACAUUUCCGAAUGCAGAUUCCAGACAUGGACAGACGUUGUUUAAUCCUGGGCAGUACAGUUACUGCGAUCAUUUCUGGGUAAGUGAUAGGACUUGACAUUAUUAAUACAGAUACCGUUCACCUUUGCUACUGGGCUUUGUUUCCUGAUAUGUAAUUUUCAGAUUGUAAUUUCACCUAAAUAAAUCACACUUGAGACCAAUAAGGAAUUUCUCUUACUGAACAACUAAAGAGAAUAGUUUAAAUGUGUUAAAGUGCAACUGAAAAAUUGCAAAAAUAAAUUUUGCUUGCAUUUUCUUUCUCAUUAGGAUGACAAGGAGGACCUGACCGGCUUAGAUAUUCUUAUUGGUAGAUAUACAUUUGGUAGAGCGGUUUGCAAGGAAAUGGCAGAUUUUGUUAGGGAAAGGUAAAUAUAUGUGCCUAAUUCUUCCAACCCUUUCUCAGUAGCCUCUCUUCCAUUCGAUCAGUUUCAUCGCUGACCAUUUGCCCCCUCACCAAAGCAUGCAGUGUCAGUGAGCAGUCAGUUUUGUGGAUCGGCACGUGAUACGUUUUUGACCAAUCAGCAGUAGCGUUUGGUUGAGACUCCUUCAACAGAUCAAGUUGAGUCUAUCUCUGUCAUCUUUACUCCUUUGUCAACUUAAAAAACAAUUUCAUACCAAGCUGAUGCUGAUUUUCUUACUUCAAGAGCAAUAAUUGAAGACGUUUAUGCCAAAAGUUUAGCGAAACUGGCCGCCUCUAUUUACGGAGAUCAGGAAGAAGGGUAGGAAAUAUUCAUUAAUUUUUGCACCUUUCUGCCACAACGCAAAACGCAAAUUACAUAAAAAUGCCAUAAAUCAUGAAACCUCCAGGCCUGAAAAUCCAGCUCAGUAUGAUACUGUAUAUUUGUUGUUCUUUUUAGGACGCUUGGCAGAGCGUGGAAACAUCUUAAGACGAAACUGCAAGAGGAAGCAAGCGCUCACCAAGCCUUCGCAGUAAAGGUAACACAUACGAGACGUCGUUAUGAGCGACAAAGCUUCAUUCCGAUCCGUAUACCCGGAUUGUCAUCGCUACUAAUAGCUACGUGGGGGUUCCUUACUUGCAUCCGGGAACUAAGCUGAAUGGACCUAUUCCCUAAUGAACAAAAUUUUGAUCUAGACAAGUCCAGACAAAAAUUUCAUCACAGCUUGAAAAGCAUUACAAAAUUAGUAAUGAAAAAAGGUAUCAAUUUCCCGUGCGUAAUAAAAAAUAACUGAAAAAACGGCAAACUUCGCAAGGCUAUAUUAUCUGCAUUUUACAACAUUUCGCAACGCAACUUCGGAAUAUUACUAAUUUUGUCAUGUUCUUUCAAGUUGUGAUGAAAUUUUUGUCUAGACUUGUCUAGAUCAAAAUUUUGUUCAUUAGGGAAUAGGUCCAUUACGUAUAAUAGGACGCAUCUCAAUCUGGCAGCCAUCCUAUGACUCAUGUCUGAUCACGGAGCACAGCUACGGUGGAAUGGUCAGUUAGGGAGAUAAUCCCAACCGUAUCAACAUUCCCUGUAGGAGGAAACCGGAGUACCAGCUGGAGGAGAAAACCAACGAUUCCUUUCGGCAGAGCGUUGACUGACUCUUUUCACGUGAAUAUCACGAGACCGUAGCGACGCACGAUGGUGAAAGUCGCCUGCUUUGACGAUUGCACCACCGAAGAAGUAUUUGCUAAUAAAAGUUUGGAGUUUAGUCCAUCCCUUGUAAAGUACUAUACGGUAGUGAAUAUACUGUAUAUAUUUUGUUUUCGCAAUUCAAUGUGAUUCUAUUUUUUGACAUUGUAGUUGGUUAAUAAGGUGCAAAAACCAAUCCAAACAAAGGUCGCGGAAGAACAAAAAGCGGACAAAAAGAUGGUAAGAUGAAAAACUAAUAGAUUCAUUGGGAUCAACAUUGUUUGGGAAUCAUUUUCGUGGGCAGAGUAAAAAAAGGUACUGCGCUCCUGCAUCAUCGAACCUCCAAUCCUCUGAUAAAAAAGAGCACACAAUGCAGGCCUCUGAAUUCAGGUCGGCAAUCGGCAAUUACUGUUUUGCAUAUGCAAAUACAAAUGCAAAUGCAAAUACAAAUGGAAUUAUUACAAUACCGACACAUUUUGUUGAAAAUUUGAAAUUGCCGACUGUGCCGACCUGUUUUAGUUUUCGGUCAGCAAAUUUUUGCCGUCCUGAUUUUUCGCUAAUUCAGAGGCCUGGCAAUAAUGGGUACAUACUGUACUAACGCCCAUCUAGGCUAGAAGCAAAAUUUCUUCCUGACACCACUAUAACUAUCAUUGGCGGUGCCCUGUCAUAUCGAGGUUCCGUGGGUAAGUUGUCCCUCUGCCCUUGCGGUGGCGCUGAGUAUUCGGCAAAGCGUUCUAUGAAAUUUUUGCACGUCGAAACAAUAGAAGAUUUGUCCCAAUAUAUAAUAAGACCCUGAGUUAACGCACAUCGUAGUAAAGGUUGUUAAAAGCUAAAGAGAUUCAGGUGUAAUCAGGUUGUUUUUGUCUUUGGUUGUUUAGCAUGAUCAAUUCAAAGAUUUGCUUCACGAAGAUAGGAAGGCUGUCUCUUCAUCGUUUGCUUUGGUUGAAAAGGUUUGGACAUGAACAUAAAGUUCUCGAGUAACGAGUACAAUAUGGAAAGCGACUCUAUAUACUUUUGUGUGCGAGUUCACUCAUUUGCAUCCACCAGAAAUACAAAAUCGACGACAAAAUUGCUAGUGCAUGUGAACCAGGCUUAAGUGUCAACAUUCCUGAAGUUGACUACCAAUCCUGUAUAACUUUGAACGUUGCAAUUUUUGCAAUGGAUGAUUCCAGCUAUAGACGAAAUUUUGAUCUAGACAAGAAGAACGAAAUCCAUUACCAGAGCUGGAUGAAAUACAAUGUAUAGUGGUCUAUACAUCCUAUUUCCUGUGAGAUUAAAUCUAUAACCCCCCCCCCCAAAAAAAAACCCCCACAAAAACAAACAACUAAACAACCCCCACCACCCCCCCAAAAAAAUAAUACCGACAGACUACCCGAUAAAACCCUCUAGAAUAUCAUGGGUGGGUGGGUGGGGAAAAAGUAACGAGGCGCUAAACUUGCUGCAACUAGGCAAAGCAUACAAUGGCAGAAUGAAUACCCAGACCAAAGCAAUGAUCACAAGGCGCGAAACAAUCCCCUUUGAUCGAUAUGACGUCACGGACUCCCAUCAGCGGAUGUAGCCUGCAUAAUACAUCCGCCGUUAACCUUGCUUAAAUAUAUUUAACCACAUUAAAAUUGCAAAGUUUGGUUGUGAAUUGUUGUAAAAUGAGGAAAAUAUAGCCCUGUGAAGUUAUUUUGUAUAUAUUUGCAUUACGCGCGGGAAAAAUUUUUGAGCCCAAAGUGUUUUUUUUUACCGCGCGUAAUACAAAUAUAUACAAAAUUUGCGAACUUCAAAGGGCUAUAUUUUCUUCAUUUUACAACAUUUAGCAACCAAUCUUCGCAGUUUUACUCAUUCUAAGACGCUCUUUCUAGCUGUGGUGUUGGAUUUCGUUCUUCUUGCCUAGAUCAAAAUUUCGUCUAUAGCUGGAAUCACCCAUAGUGGUUGUAGAGAGAAAGACAUCAAAUUACAUAUGACCUAAAUGAAAAAUUAUUGUAUUUCUUUAAUCAAGGCUCGCGAAAGUGUAGCGGAAAAACAAAAGGCUGUUGGCGAGAAAGAAAUUACCGCACAACAAUCUUCCAAGGUAAUUCGAACAAACAAAAUUAUACUAAGAAUUAUGCAUACAUAAAUUAUUUCUAUAUAUAUAUAUAUAUAUAUAUAUAUAUAUAUAUAUAUAUAUAUAUAUAGAUAUAUAUAUCAGAAUACUGUAGCUUUCUGGUUUGGAUGCAUGAUAAAACGAAAAACUGUCAGUGGCAUAAUCUGUGGGCCCGUUUUCUUGCUCCUCUGCCAUAGUCCUCUGCAUUUACAUCGUUGAAUACCAUGCACUGUAAAUAUAUACUGUAAAUCGCCCUGACUAAAAUCGCAUUGUGUGCGCUCAAAUCGUAAACCCUUUAAAAAUAUUUUCCCUUGUUUUAAGGCUUUAGACAAAUACGAAAAAGCAGUGAAGAAAACGGUCCAAGCAGGUAUGCAAGUUUUCAAAACUUUCCUGACUUAUUUGGUGUUCUCGUGUUCAAGAUUUUAUCUUUUCUUAUCACUUGAAGGUCACGGACAUCGGAAAGCCGUUGAAACGUACAACGCAAGUCAACGAAAAUGGGUGGACGACAUGGUUUCUGCUUGUUCGGUAUGUUUGUUUCUGCAGAAAACGCAAGAAAACAGCGAACAAUUCGUUGUCUCGAGAUGUUGUAUAAUUGUUGUAUCAUGUAUAUAUCUUGAAGUCCGUAAAUACAUUAUACACGUACACGCGCAUACAAAUCUCACAUCUUGUAACAAGUUUGUCAACAAGCCGUCAACAAGUUGUGUUCGCACUGCUUGUCACAAGUUGUCAACAAAUUUGGAACAAGCUGUUAACAAUUUGUAACAACCUUGUUGAUAUUAUCAGACUUGUUGCAAGGUUGUUCCAACAAGUCCGAUACAGUCAUGAUAUAACAAUAUUGUUACAACCUUGUGUCGUCAAUAUUGUAACGUUCUUGUUAUAUCACAACUCCAUUAGACUUGCUAGAACAACCUUGUAACAAGUCUGAUAAUGCCAUCAAACUUGUUACAAGUUGUUAACAGCUUGUUCCAAACUUGUUGCAACAACUGGGAACAAGCAGUGCGAACACAACUUGUCGACAGCUUGUAUACAAAUUUGUUACAACUUGUUUGCAGGUCUGUAACAACUUGUGCGUUUUCACGCGUAUAAAAACGCGGAAGUUGUAACAAACCUGCUGCAGACUUGAAGCAAUGCUGUUCCAAGAACUUGUCAUCAGGAUUUGUUCGCACUGCUUGCUUCCAGUUUGUUGACAAGUUGCUACAACGGCUUGUUAACAACUUGCUACAAGGUUGUUGAGCUCAACAGACUUGUUACAAAUUGUUCCAACAACUUGUUAUUAUCCUGCAAUUCAACAAGUUGUAAGUGACAACCUUGUAGCAACUUGAUAAAAUAACAGCAUUGUUGACAACUUGUUGACAAGCUUCCUACAAGCCUGUUCCGAACACAUCUUGUUGACAAGCUGUUAGAUUUUUACUUGUGUACCAUGUUUACAUUUUCCAGACGUUAGAAAAGCAAGAAGUAGACAGAGUUGAAUUUACCAAGAAGCAAAUUAUGCUGUAUGUAUUUCUGAGGAAAGAAGUCAAUGAAAUAUGUGAAAAGGUAACAUUUUUCAAUGUUUUCACAGUCUUGCAAUAACCUUUCCAUCUACACACGUAAAAACGCACAUGCAAGUUGUUACAAGUCUGCAAACAUGUUGUUACAAAUCUGUUCACAAGCUGUCGACAAGUUGUGUUCGCACUGCUUGUUCCCAGUUGUUGUAACAAGUUUGGAACAGUUGACAACUUGUAACAAGCUUGUUGGCAUUAUCAGACUUGUCACAAUGUUGUUCUAACAAGUCUGAUACAGUCAUGAUAUAACAGGAUUGGUACAAGUUUGACGAAACAAGGUUGUAACAAUAUUGUUAUAUCAUGAUCGACUGUAUCGGACUUGUUGGAACAACCUUGCAACAAGUCUAAUAAUAUCAACAAGGUUUUUUUUUUUUCUGUGUUGGUGCAGUGUACUCAGGUGAAUAUGACAUUUGUGGUGUUACUCUGAGUGUAUAUCCACACCGGGCGAGCUUGAAAAAAGCUCGCCCGGUGUGGAUAUACACUCAGAGUAACACCACAAAUGUCAUAUUCACCUGAGUACACUGCACCAACACAGAAAAAAAAAAAUUCAUAUUACUAGUAUACAUUGGUAUCGAAGGAACUAGAUACUGUUCCGAAAUAUCACUUACUCGAACCGUCCUGACCGCGUAGCUCAGUUGGAAGAGCAUUGGGCUAGUAUUCCAAAGGUCGUAGGUUCGAAUCCCACCGUGGCCGGGCAUAUUUUUCAAGCUCGCCCGGUGUGGAUAUACACUCAGAGUAACACCACAAAUGUCAUCAACAAGGUUGUUACAAGUUGUUAACAGCUUGUUCCAUACUUGUUGACAACUUGGGACAAGCAGUGCGAAUACAACUUGUUGACGGCUUGUUGGCAGACUUGCUACAAAAUGUGAAAUUUUUGCGUGUUUUGGUUUUUUUCGACGUCGACAUAUUUCGCUUGAUUUCGUUUGAAUUAUGACCAUCAGUUCCACCUGACCGCUCACAAUUUAAAAGAAAUUGAGCGAAAAAUUUCGACAUCGAAAUCCAGCUUUACUCUUCCACAGUCUCUCAAAAUUGUUUCACAAACGAUACACGGGAAUACUCUAACCAAGAACUAUAGGACGAAAAACCAUGCUGUUCUAGCGUUGUGAAAGUUCUGUACAUGUUUUAGGCCAUGGAAGAAAUUGUUAGCAAAGUGGAUGAAGUUGACGCUCAUAAAGACAGAAAAUUAUUCAUAGAUAAGUGUGGAACAGGUUCAUUACGACCGGUGGAUAUGCCGUAAUAUAACGUAGUAUUUGGGGAUAGUAAUUCUGCCAGGGGGUAGUUGGGUACAUGCAAAAUCUAUAGACAUGCAUGAUAUAUAAUUUAUCCAGUCUUCGGCGACGUGAAUCACAAUUGUUAAAAAUUUUAUCCAGUCCUAUAUAGGGCUUCAUGAAAAACUGCUUUAUCCUGUAGUUUCAUGACUUGAGCAAAUUAUCCAGUCUUACAACGGACAAAAAAUCACUAUCCGGUCUUCGUACAGCCGGGACCAAUAAUACAAGGAUCGGUCAUUAUUUAUGGCAGGGGGUGGCACCGAAGAGAAAAGGGUUGGGUAAACAAAAUUUUGAGUGAGUAAAAGGUUGGGUAAAUGAAAAACAAAACAACUCAAGGGUUGGGUAAUAAAAAUUUAUUGUCAUUCCCAAAACAUGACUCGCUCAAUUAUUGAAAGUGCCUAUGUCAUGAUUUGGGAUUUUAAAUAUUUUUUAUCUUUGGUGCAUUUUAUGAAGAAAUGAAAUAUAUCUUUAUAAGAAAAUAUACCAUCUUCAUAGGAUUAUCAACCCUCAAAGUUACCGGAUAUGACGUCAAAUCGGGAAUUUUAUACGCUAGAAACAAAAGAAAUCUAAUUUCAAUUUCCGGUUUGAUGUCAUAUCUGGUAACUUUGAGGCCUGAUAAUCGUGUGAAGAUGGAAUAUUUUCUUUUAAGUAAUAUUAAUUUCAUUUCCUUUUCUUUGAGAACAUUUUCUUUAAGAUAUAUUGCAUUUCUUCAUAAAAUAUACCAAUGAUUACAAAUAAUAAAUAACACAAAUCAUGACAUAGGCACUUGAAGACUAAAAAGCAUGACCAAAUGGUAUUAUCGUAAUCAGGUACAGAUUACUAAUAUCAUUACCGCAUCGUUUCAACCCUAUACAGAUUACAGUUGCAAAGAACAUUCCAGGUUAUGAAUAUGCAAUCUGCAAAAAUAUUGUGAGAUCAGCUCCACAAACCGGCAUGAAAUUCUUACACCCGACAUGUAAAAUAAUUUUAUUAUUUAAUUUUCAUCACUGAAAUCAGUUACAAAUUGUACGCGCAAAUAUCGUAAUUUGUACAAAUAAUUUCAUAUAGAUAAAUUUUGGGUACAUAUAAUUUGAUAGAAAUAAAGUAUUUUUAUGAUAUAAUUGAAAUAAAUUCUUACUGC